CGACGGGAACGGCGGCCGCACUAAAGGGGGCCGACAUGGCGGCAGCGGCGGCUUCGCUUCGCCGGUCGGUGCUGGGCCCGCGGGGCGUGGGGCUUUCAGGUGCAAGUGCUCCGGGCCUGCUGGGCGGCGCGCGGCCCCGGCAUCUUCCAUUGAGGACACCGCAGGCAGUGUCCUUGUCCUCGAAGUCUGGCCCUUCUCGAGGCCGAAAGGUGAUGCUGUCAGCGUUGGGCAUGCUGGCAGCAGGGGGUGCAGGGCUAGCUGUGGCCCUUCAUUCUGCUGUGAGUGCCAGUGACCUGGAGCUGCACCCCCCCAGCUACCCAUGGUCUCACCGUGGCCUCCUCUCCUCCUUGGACCACACCAGCAUUCGUAGGGGUUUCCAGGUAUACAAGCAGGUGUGCUCUUCCUGCCACAGCAUGGAUUAUGUGGCUUACCGCCACCUGGUGGGAGUGUGCUACACGGAGGACGAAGCUAAGGCGCUGGCUGAGGAGGUGGAGGUCCAGGAUGGCCCUAAUGAGGAUGGAGAGAUGUUCAUGCGGCCAGGGAAGCUGUCUGACUAUUUUCCAAAACCAUACCCCAACCCUGAGGCUGCAAGAGCUGCUAACAAUGGAGCCUUACCCCCUGACCUCAGCUACAUCGUUCGAGCUAGGCAUGGUGGUGAGGACUAUGUAUUUUCCCUGCUCACUGGCUACUGUGAGCCCCCCACUGGGGUGUCAUUGCGAGAAGGCCUCUAUUUCAACCCUUACUUUCCUGGCCAGGCCAUUGGCAUGGCUCCUCCCAUCUACACAGACGUCUUGGAGUAUGAUGAUGGCACCCCAGCUACUAUGUCACAAGUAGCCAAGGACGUUGCCACCUUCCUUCGCUGGGCAUCGGAGCCAGAGCAUGACCAUCGGAAACGAAUGGGGCUCAAGAUGUUGUUGAUAAUGGGCUUGCUGCUGCCCCUGACCUAUGCCAUGAAGCGGCAUAAGUGGUCAGUCCUGAAGAGUCGAAAGCUGGCUUAUCGGCCACCCAAGUGACCCUGUUCAGUAUCUGCGUGUCAUCUUGCCUGAACAAGCUCUCAGCAGCCCAGGAACAGUCGGAGGCCUUUUCAGGCCUGGCCCCUUUUCGUCAGAUAUGAGGGCCAGGAGUCCAGACUCUUGCUUCUGAUCUUCCUUCAGCCCUCAUUGUGGGAAUAAAUUAAGUUUCUCAACAUAUA